AUGGCUACCCCGAAUAUCUCCCUGAAAUUAUACUCUAAUCCGGAGUGCGCUUUUGUCCAUCGCGUCAUCACCACUCUCCAUGAGCUUUCCCUUCCUUUUACUUCAGUCGUCGUUGAUCUCGACGUACCUCGUUCAACCUCCUAUCUAGCGAUAAACCCUCGCGGUACCGUCCCAACCCUCACAUUCACCUCCCCGGACUAUCAUGAUAAUAAGGAGACAAUUUUAACCGACAGCCUCAUGAUAAUAUACUUUCUGGGCAAUCUUUUCCCAAAUCAUCUAGCUCCGACCCCAGAAAGAGGAGUGGCCGCUGCCAUCAAUCGGACGCGGAUUUUCUGGUUUGUGAGUACUUGGGAGAAUAAAAUUACUCCUUUAUUCGAAAAAGUAUAUAUGGCUAGUUUCGGGGGUGAGAGGGAAGCGAAGGAAGUUGAGGAUUUGGUUGUGGCAGCGAUUAAAAAGGAGGUCGAGCCGCUAUUAGAGAAGGAGGAAGACGACAACGGAGGGGUAUUCCUUGGAGGAAAGGACAAGUUUACGGUGGCCGAGAUCGUAGCGGCGCCGGUUCUUCUUAGGCUUUUUGCCUUCGCAGAUAGCGGAUUGCUUCCGCAGUCGUUCAAGAAGAAUUUGCUCGAUCUACCCAAUUUCGGGAAAUGGGCACGGGAGCUGGUGAAGAAUGAGAGUUUGUUGAAAGGGUGGGAUGAAGCCAGGUUUGUGGAGGGGUCGAAAGCCAAGCUGCAACAGUUUCGCGAAGGAACGUUUAAGCCAAAGCUUUGCACAUGA